AUGAAGGGCUUCAAGGCUCCGACCAUGUGGCAGAAAUUACAAAUAUACUACCUGGGGAUUCUGAGAAAUGGAGACAGGAGGACGGACAGUUGGCCACUGGUUUACUCUCCUGUGCCAGUCGGUUGUAUCUUUCUGUGCUACCUGUUUAUUAUCUGGCUGGGACCAAAGCUGAUGGCCAACAGGCAGCCGGUCAACCUUAAACCUGUGCUGAUAGUUUACAACUUUGCCAUGGUCUGCCUGUCUGCAUACAUGUUCUAUGAGUUCACAGCCUCUUCUUGGUUGGCUAGAUACAGUCUGCUGUGUCAGCCUGUGGACUACAGUGACAGCCCACUGGCCAUGAGGAUGGCCAGAGUGUGCUGGUGGUUCUACUUCUCCAAAGUUAUAGAGCUCAGUGACACUAUAUUUUUCAUCCUGAGGAAGAAGAACAGUCAGUUGACCUUUCUCCAUGUCUACCAUCACGCCACCAUGAUCUUCAACUGGUGGGCCGGGGUGAAAUAUGUGGCUGGUGGCCAGUCGUUCCUCAUUGGUCAGAUCAACUCCCUGGUCCAUGUGGUGAUGUAUCUGUACUAUGGCCUGGCAGCUUUCGGACCGGGAAUGUUGAAAUACCUGUGGUGGAAACGCCACCUCACCUCUUUGCAGCUGCUCCAGUUCUUCAUCAUAACUAUCCACACCACCUACAACCUGUUUGCCGACUGUAACUUCCCUGACUCCAUGAACAUGGUGGUGUUGGCCUACUCGCUCAGCCUCAUCGCUCUCUUCAGUAACUUCUACUACCACAGCUACCUCGCUAAAAAGAAGGCCAAGAAGACGCAGUGAGAGACACGCAGCGAGACAAAUCAGGUGCACGGUGAACGCAGAGAGAGAAAAGAGCUGACAUGAAAGGAUUUUUAAAAGACAGGAAGGUAGCACUGAGAGGACAAAGGAGAACAACAGAGGGGAUAUAAAAAGAAACGUCUGUUUGUUUGUUAUGUUAAUUCCUUCAUGUUCAUUAUGUUAUGGUAAUUACAGCUUUAUGUACAAAAUACAUUAACAUGUGAAAAUCUAUAC